CACCACUCUGGGUGCGUGUGGCUGGCAGGGAGGAGCGGGUUGGUGAGCGCAGGGUCAUUGGGUGAGCGGUACACUGACGGAGAAAUACGACUGGAAUAUGGGCCAGUGUUUACAUCGUUGCCAGGACCACGUGGCACGACAACCACCGCCACUGCUCCACCAUUCCACCUUUCCACCACACGCCACCUGAGUCAGCUUCUAUAACGUUGUGGUGACUGCUUGUUGGGUGACGCCGACCAGGUGGUGGGUACCUGUCUUGUGGCCACACCAACACUAUGCAAAGUGUGGCGCGGCCCAGCACGGCAGGCCUGCGAGGAUCCUAUAGCGAGGGAAACUUGACUGAUCCGGAGAUGUACGGGACGGGCGUGGAAGGACUGCGGGGUAUGGGCGGGUCUGCUCCUUGGCUGGUGGACAAUAGAAACACAAGACUGAACGCUGCGCAGAACAAGUAUUUGCAGUCCAACUCCUCAAUCUUCGGCGAUGAUAGAGGGCAUCACGCUAUCAAGGUGCAGAGGAGCAGGCAGACCAUGCAGGACCUUCAGAAGCAGAUGGCGGAGAGGGCGGAGGCCAAGCGAUGGGAACAGGAGGAGGAGGAGAGACUGUAUGCCGCCAUGAACGUCCCCACCGCGGUACACCCCAACCCAGGACUGGUUCGGGACACGGCUGCAGUGGUGGAGGACAGAGGAGGGUAUUAUGGAGGUUAUGAAGACUAUGGAGGAGGUUACAACAUUGGCGACAACUUAGGAGGAGGAGGAAACGGCUACGUGCCAUCUGGGUACGGAGACUAUGCUGUCCCACGUCGUCCUCCUCGAGCCCACGUCUCCAUGACUUCUGACGAGGUGGAAGUGAUGCGAGCAGAGGCGGCAGACCAGCUUCGAGGGGACUUACAGUGGCAGGUGCAGAUGAAGAAACAGCUGGAGGAGGAGAGGAGGCAGAAGGAGGCACUGGAGGACCAACUGCUGGAGGAGAACGCAAGACAGCAGCAGGAGAGAAUGCAGCAGGAGUACCAAGCAGAACUGGACCAGAGGAGGAGGAAAGAGGAGGAGCAAACCAGACGAAGAGACGCACAGCUGAGACAAAUGGAUAUGAUGAAGCAGAGAAUGGAGGCCGAGAAGAGGGAGAAGAUGGAGAGGGCGAGAAGACUGGCUGACCUGUCGAACAACACCGCUCCUCCACCGCCGCGGGAGGACUUCGGGAGGGACGCCAGACAGAUCAAACCUGCAGGAGGCGCCGGAGGAGGGAAAGGAUCCAAAGGCUCAGUUAAGGAUGAGUUUGGCUUCGAUGCGCUAAAGUCAGACUCGGCGUUCUUAGCUGCUCAAAAACCCAAUAAAUUCUUCGACAGCCCAAGCAUGCCAGUCAAAGUGCCUACGAACAAUGACAUUCGCAAACGUCCAAAGCCGCUCACACCAGCUACUGAGGCACCACGGAAGGCUAACAAUCGUGACGGGUGGCCUCCGCGCGCGCCGCCUCAAGCACACCAGCAGUCUUCACUCACUCCACACUACCAGCAGCCAAACCGACAUACCGCCGUGCCCUUCGACUGGAAAAUACAAGUGGAUGAACCGAGUCAGGAGGAAAAGAGGAAGCUGGAGCAGAUGUCACAGAGGGAGAUAGGGCAGUUUCAGGAGCGCAACACAGACGUCAUGAGUCAGCUGACGGCCCUCAAGACAGACCUCAAGGCGAGUCACCACUGAUCAUGUUACUUCCCUUACGUCCUGGCAACCAAACUUCCCUUUAUCCUGCUGCUGCUACUACUACUACUACUACUACUACUACUACUACUACUACUACUACUACUACUACUACUACUGCUACGACUUUUGUUAUAAUUAUUGUUCCUAAUGCUACUGCUGCUACUGUUGCUGUUAGU